AUGCUCUGCAAGAAGAUACAAAGGAGGUUGCUGCGGAUAAAGCAUGGCUUCACUCACGGGUAUACUCCAAGUACGGUCGGAGGCUAUGGACCUCGAGCGGAUGGUAGAUUCAGUCUAGUUGCCAGUGGUCAAAGUGGAUUUGCUCCAUUUGGUUCAGCUCCAAUAGGUUUGGCAGUCCUGUUGGAUUUGACAGUGGUAAUGGAGGAAACAAUUCUUUCUUCAGUUCUGUGA